AUGGCGGUGUGGCUCUUCAUAGUCAUCGCGUCGAUGCCCGAGAUCUACCACACAGUCGCAGCCAGAAGACCCUAUGACAUCACAGAUUCCCUGGACGGCAACGAAGGACCUUUGCAAUUCGCAGUGCUAUUCACGCUCUCCAAGAUUGUCCUGAGAUUCCUAAUUCCAGUCACAGUCAUCUUUACAUGCUAUAUGCUGACUCUCAAAGCACUCCUGCAACUCAGCAAACGGCAGCCAGGAAGGAACAGGCUCGUCAGACCUCUGCUACUGAUUUCCGCCACUAUGACUGUAUUUGCUCUUUCUUUCAUACCCUACCAUGUUAUGAUGAUAGUGAUACUGAUUUACAGAAUCAACUGUCAACCACCCUGUGGGAACAUAAGCGUAUUAAAUGCCAUUUAUAAAGUCACAGAGAUCAUCUGCAGCAUCAACAGCUGCCUUGACCCAAUCAUUUUUACGGCAGCAAAUAAGACAUUCUACCAAAGUAUUAAAAGUAUAAAAUGCUACCCCAAAUGCCAGUGCUGCUGUUGCCUGACACGAAGGGUAAGAGACAUUGCUCUGCCCCCAAGAACAAUGACUUAA